UGAAGAAGAAAACAACAUAUAAGUGUAGAUAAACAGACAUCUUUAAUUAAUAUAUACUCAUAUAGUACGUACAUAGCAGUGUCUAUAUAGAAAAAAUAUUGAUCGAUGGGAAAAGGGAGAGCACCAUGCUGUGAUAAGAGUAAGGUGAAGAAGGGACCAUGGAGUUGUGAAGAGGAUCUCCGCCUCAUCACUUUCAUUCAGAAGAAUGGUCACAAAAAUUGGCGAUCCCUCCCUAAACAAGCUGGACUACUGAGGUGUGGAAAGAGUUGCCGUUUGAGGUGGAUUAAUUACCUAAGGCCUGACGUAAAACGAGGAAAUUUCACCCCUCAAGAAGAGGACACUAUUAUCAAAUUACACCUAUCUUUUGGAAACAAGUGGUCAAAAAUUGCAUCUCAUUUGCCAGGAAGAACGGAUAAUGAAAUUAAAAAUGUAUGGAAUACACAUUUGAAGAAGCGACUCAUUAAGAAGUUACAUAGUGAAGCAAAAUUAGACGAUUCAUAUGCAAAUUCACCUUCUUCUUCAUCAUCAACUUCACUAGUAUUGUCACAUAAUGAUACUGCCAAUGAGGGAGAUUUCAAGAACGUAAAAGGCAACAUGAUAAUUGGGAAAGAAGAAGCAUCAAAAUCUUGUUCUCCCACUUCUUCUUAUGCCUCAAAUCUCUCCAAUUUGAGUCAAGUUCAUGAGAUUUCAAGUCCAAAUAAUGAGGACAUGGAUUGGAUAUUCCAGUUCAAUGAGGAGCCUUUUUCAGGUACUACUAUAAGAAAGGUGCAUGAUGGGGUAAUUGAAAUCCCAUUGGAAUGUGAUGUUGAUAGUUGGGACAUGUUAGAUAUUAUGGACCCUUCUCCUCAUCCUCCUCUUAAUGCAGAUGAUCAUUCCAAACUGGACAAUGAAGCAUCUCAACCAGUUUGCCAAGGCUUAUCAGAAUUUGAAUGCCAAAAGUGGUUCACAUACUUUGAAAAUGAAUUAUUGGGUGUCUAAGCCACACUACUAUACUACUACACCCAAUUAAUUGAGUGCACUAACGCUAUUACGACUUUCUACUAAGUAAUUAAAGCUCAUCCUCUUACUUGAGAAUUUUUUAUAUAUUUUGUGUCUCAUACAACUUGUGACAAUGGUCUGAGACACAAAAUAAUUAUUUAACUUUGGUCUUUCAAAUAUUAAUACUACUAGUGUACGUUUAUUAGCUAGCGCACUAAAGAUUAACACACAUCGACGAGUAUGCAGUUGGCAACUCUUCAUGUUUAAUCCCCCUUUUAUUUUAAAGUUAUUAACUAAGAGUCCACUGCUUAUAUAGAAGCUAUAUAAGUUUAGAAUUUAAGAUUUAGGGUCAAAUGUUAAUAGUGUUUGUAUAAUUGUAUACUACAGAAAAAUUACUGAAAUUUAAAUGUGCGCUUCCGCACCAUGAAGAGGUUGGAAAACCCCU